AUUUUUUUCAAUUUUCAAACAUUGGUGAACAUGACUGAACCCAAUUCACUUCCACGGAAAGAAUGGGAGAAAUUCGACGAAAUUUCACUAAAACAAGUCAGCAUCAAUGACGAAGAGCAAACUACUGGAAUCACUACUGGAAAGAAUCAAUCAGAAACAAAUGAAGAAAUCGAUUUAAAAACUGAAGAACUACAUGAUCCAUUGCAGUCAGAAUCCUCAGCUGCUGAGACAGAUGUUCCACCCACCACACAGCCAGCAAAACAGCAGUCUCCUACAUUUGAACCGCGAGCUACACAAAUCGCAUCACCAUUUCCAGUGUUUCCAAUUGCACCAAAGAAACCGAAACCUCUGUCACCUCAAAAUACACAGACUUUUCUGGACGUGUCAAAACUGGAAGAAGGAACUCCGAGAAUCGCAAAAUCCAGUGCAAUCUCGGACCCAAAAAAUGUGAAUGCAAAAGUUUUGGCAACGGUUUACCCCGACAAUGUCAUCUGUGAUUGGCUCACACCUCCACACUAUGACGCUUACAGCAUGCCGUCCAUUUUGGCAAUUGACGUUCCAACGUUAACUGGAGAAGACUACAUUGCAACCAUCAAGGCACUUAUUGAAGAUAGUCGGUUUAAAAUGUUUUCCACGAUAUAUUCCCGCCUGAUCGCAAUAUGGAUGACAUUCUGGAUUCUAACCCUAACGAUCACUCUUCUUUUCCAAUCAAAAGGUGGAUGGCCUGUCAUGAUUUGGUGCCUUGUAUGGGCGGUGCUACUUUUUGUUGGAGUGUACGCGUGUGCAAUGAUAAGAAGAAGGAUACGGAUUGGACUGAACCACGUUGUCGAGAAAGCAAACAAGAUAAUUGUUGAUCGACACUUUCUGACUGGAGUGGAAGAUCGCGGACAAUUGAGCUGCCACAAAGUUGUGAUCCACUUCAUCCGAUUCAAUGUUGGAGAAUGUACUGCCGAUGUUAUCAAACAAUUGAAAAUCAAAAGCACUGGCGGAUGUAUAUUUGGCGGUAAUUCAGAAGAAGUCACCGAUGAAAAUAUUGAAAGAGAAGCCGCAUCCUUAAUUUUGAAAUAUAGUCAAGAAUAUGUGAAAAGUGUUGUGAAGAAACGGCUAAUAUUCCCGAGCAAGCCAAUUCAUGGAGUUUCCAACUACGCCCCAAAACACUGUAAAACGCAAAUGUGCCUGUGUCAAUUUAUCGACGAGAAAAAAUUCAACGCAAAGCCAAAAAAGUGGUACGAGAAAUAUAUUUGAUUACGAGCCAUCUGAUAUGUGAUGUCAUUCUACUUCUCGAAAUUGCAACAACAACAACACAACCACAAUAGACGACAUAAACCCCCCGCCAUCGCGAGCUUCCAUGGGUCAUCAAUGAAUUCAUUCCUUUCUGCAACCCCAUUUCACUCUUUUUGUCUACUUGCUCCCUCUCAAAAAUUUCCCUUUUUUUUGGUUUCAUGCUGGCCUUCUAUUUCAAAUCUCAUUUAUUGUAUCGCGUUUGUGCACAAUUAGUGCAUGCGUCCGGAGCAUGUUCGCCGCUUCAAAUUGCCCACAAUCUUCUCCAUUUUCUGUGUUGUAGCUAUUUUCCUAUUUGAUGGUGCCCUUUAAAUACCCUUUUGUAGUUCUUGGUUAGUGAACUUUUUCUCUUUUUUACUCUUCUGGUUACUGGCUACCUACUCAAAUAAAA